AUUUUAUUCCGACAAUAGUCGCCCUCUAACGUUUUACUACAGAGAUAUUUUACUUUUCGAAGAGAAUAUUUCGUAAGAAUUUAAACAAUUAUUUUUAUAACAACAGCAUUUGAAUAAACCUGUAUGUAACUGAAAUAAGUGUAACAAAUUCACUGAUCUUCCGUAAUUACAUCUUAUUAAAAUGCGUCAUUUACAAGAAAAAUUUUGUCAUCGAUAUAACUAAUAAUUUAUACAUUAACAAUGCUACGAUUGUUAACAUCUCUACAUUCUCAAACGUGCAAAGCAGUAUUUGUUGCAACAUCAAAUUUGAUGAAAACUAGAUAUCCGACUUUAGUACAACAUGCUCGAAGUCUUUGUGUUAGUAGCAAUCUUUCUUCUUGUCAACUUCACAUUCAAAAGCCUGCACCUGAAUUUUCUGGAACUGCGGUAGUUGAUGGUGAUUUUAAGGAAAUCAAACUAAGCGAUUAUAGGGGAAAAUAUGUUGUUCUUUUUUUUUAUCCUUUAGACUUUACAUUUGUAUGCCCCACUGAGCUGAUAGCAUUCAGUGAAAGAAUUUCAGAGUUUAAAACUCUGAAUACUCAAGUAAUUGGAGUUUCUACAGAUUCGCAUUUUAGUCAUUUAGCAUGGAUUAAUACGCCAAGAAAGCAGGGAGGUCUAGGUGGCAAUUUGGGCUAUCCUCUUCUCAGUGACUUUAACAAGGAAAUAUCUGCUAAAUACAAUGUACUUCUCCCAGAUUCUGGAAUUGCCUUACGAGGUCUUUUCAUCAUUGACAAAGAUGGAAUACUGAGGCAGCUUUCUGUAAAUGAUUUACCAGUGGGCAGAAGCGUAGAUGAAACAUUGAGACUCAUCAAGGCAUUCCAAUUCGUUGAAAAGCAUGGAGAAGUCUGUCCUGCCAAUUGGCAGCCAGAUUCUAAAACUAUUAAACCAAAUCCAAAAGAUAGUAAACAGUAUUUUGAAUCAGUUAAUUAAACUUAGUUUUUUCAAUCGUAUAAUUGUAUUGUAUUGUAUAAAAAGUAAUAAAAAUAAAAUAUUAACAUAUUUGUAGAUGUCACGGUGACAGAAUAAUAUGCUUUUCGCAA